UAUGAGGAUGAUAUAAAUGUUAUAAUAUUUCAAACAGAAGAAGGAAAAAAGCGUUAGAGCUGAAAGCCCCCCAGGACGGGGGUUGUCCUAGUUUUACUUGUAUAGUCUCUCGCUCGCUCUCUCCCUCUCUCCCUCUCUCUCUCUCCCUCUCUCUCUCUGCUAGAGGCAGAGUUCCCUCACAGAGGAAGCUGCUGUUUUGAUUCAGCACGGGAUGCGAUAAGGACGCAGAAUUUAUUUUCCGGUUGGGUUUUCACUCGGUGGAAGGGAGGAGGCGAUAGGAGAUAUUCGGAAUAACCUCGUUCUCUAGAGUAGAGGACUACGCACUAUUGACUAUAUAAAAGUGUGUUUUACCUGCAGAUGUCCUCAGCAAAGCAUGGCGUUCACAUGAUCACAACUGGGAAGUAUAAAGCUAAAGGGGAAACCAAUCGGACGACACAAAAAAGACCACUCUUUUGAUGAGCACAGCGGAGCUCACCCUGGGGAUGGACGUCAUGGAGGUGAAGGAUGAGUGGCAGGACGAGGACUUCCCCAGACCACUGCCAGAAGAUGGCGACGUUGAAUCAUCAUACGGCCUCACUGACCACAGAACAAACCCACCCAGCUCCCUGAAGCUGGGGGAUUCCGCUGGGCAGGGCAAGCGGCGCACCCUGGUGGCGCCCCACAUGAAGCUAUCCCUGGACCCCAGCGAGGCAUCCCUGGACGACCUGGACGUGGACGCCAUGGAAACGCCCAACGACACCGAUUCGCUGGACAACAGCAACGGCAACGACCUGGAGUGGGAGGACGACACCCCCGUGGCCACGGCCAAGCGGCUCCCAGGGGACAGUGACGGGGAGGAGGAGAGGGACGCCAGCGGCCGGCUGUGGAGGUCCGUGGUCAUCGGGGACCAGGAGCACAGGAUAGACAUGCAGACCAUCAGACCCUACCUGAGGGUGGUCACCCACGGAGGUUACUAUGGUGAGGGUCUGAAUGCCAUCAUAGUGUUUGCAGCCUGCUAUCUUCCCGAGAGCAGCUGUGAGGACUACACCUACAUCAUGGAGAACCUCUUUCUCUACGUCAUCAGCAGCCUGGAGCUGCUGGUGGCCGAGGACUACAUGAUCAUCUACCUGAACGGAGCAACUCCCCGCCGCAAGAUGCCCGGGAUCAGCUGGUUCAGGAAGUGCUACCAGAUGAUUGACAGGAGGUUACGGAAGAACCUCAAGUGUCUGAUCAUCGCCCACCCGUCCUGGUUCAUCCGCACGGUCCUCGCCAUCUCCAGACCCUUCGUCAGUGUGAAGUUCAUGGAUAAGAUUCGCUAUGUCUAUAGCCUGGACGAGCUCAGCCAGAUCGUCCCCAUGGUGCACGUCCAGAUCCCAGAGUGUGUGCUGCAGUAUGAUGACGAGAAGCUCAGAGUGCAGAAGGAGAGGACUGAACAAGAACAGCCGCAAGUCAACUCAGAAGCAGCGAAAGAAAGGCCCAGCUCCACCGUGGGGCACAUUGACCCUGACCUUUGACAGUGAGGUGCACAUAGUUUGAUCAGACUUCAUGCUUUGAAAUGUCCUCCUUCCGAUAAAACAAACUCUUGACAUUUGGGGAAAUGUUCUACAUGGAUCUCGGUUAUGUUAACGGUGAGGAAUAGGCAUCAUUUGAAUUGGUUCCAGACAUUCUUUAAAUUAUUUUAUUAAAAUCAACGUUAAGUCGAGCCGAAACAAGUAUACAUGCUGUUGAUUUACCGACAAUUCAUCUCAAACACUGUUGUUUAUUAUGAAGUCAGUGAAAAAACAUUGUUACACCAUACUUGGCAAAGGGAUAUUUUUGCCCAAGUCCCAAGAAGAACCUCUUCCUCUGCUUAUGGGUCUCCAUGUCAAAGUGUGCUGUCACCGGGUCCGAACACCUAAAAGCACAGCAUGAACUCGGUUUCCAUCCAUACGUCCCUGUCAGGAGCAGGGCUGCACCCCUGCGUUCCAUACUGCCCCAUCUGCUAGGCUCCUCAGCACCGGUCGUACCCCCCACCCGCGGGUGCUGCUAUUUUUAAUAGACGGUACUGUUGAGUAAGUAGUCAACGGGGGUAGUCAAUUAGUGUUCUUCGCCCUUCAGAGUUCAAGAUGAAAACUGGUUAGGGGGGGGGACGGGGGAGAGGGACAUGGGGGGUCACAGUAUGGGACGAGAAGCUAGGUCGGGGCGAGGUCUAUUUUUAGAGAUCUCUCGUUCUCUCACGCACUCUAUCGUUCUCUCUUGCCCACAAUCGCUCUCUCUCGCUGUCUCUCGCCCACUAUCAUUCUCUCUCGCUCUCUCGCUCUCUCUCGUUGUCACUCGCCCACUAUCGUUCUCUCUCGCUCUCUCUCGCUCUCUCUCGCCCACUAUAGUUCUCUUUCGCUCUCUCUCGCUCUCUCUCGUUCUCUCUCGUUCUCUCUCGCUCUCUCUUUCGCCCACUAUCGUUCUCUCUCGCUCUCUCUCGCUCUCUCUCGCCCACUAUCGUUCUCUCUCGCCCACUAUCGUUCUCUCUCGCUCUCUCUCGCUCUCUCUCGCUCUCUCUCGUUGUCGCCACAGGGGGGCAUUUUGUGGGCGACCCCUCCCCGGCGGACGUCCCAGGAAUGAAUCACUGUGUGCCACACGGGGAAAAUCAUGGGAAAAAUAAAUAGACGAACCCAACGCGGGCGGUGUCGGGGAUCGCCUGGAAGCACACGCUUAACCCGAUACCUGUCUGCGCCGGAUAACUCCACCACAGGCCAGGGGGAUUCUUAAAAAGGACCGGCUGGGAGUCCUCGUGCCAGAUGAUGGCUGCCCGGGUGGUCUGUUAAGAGUCAUGUGGGAUAACAACACGCCGUUCAGAUCUACAAUGCAGGCACUCGCAUAGAAGAGACAAAGGGCCAAAGCACUUUCUCCGUUGUGACUGGACACCGAGUCGUGCAAAGAAUAUGCAGAACCGGAUUUUGAUGAACAUUAUGGGUGCUGACCAUGUAUUCGUCUGUGCUCAUGUUUCCCCUAUGACGUGUUUUAAAGUUAUGUAAGCAUUUCAGGAGGGUUCUCUUGCAUGACCAAAUGGGCUUCAUAAGAAAAAAACGUUUUAAAUCAAAAUGUAGGAUCUCCGUCACCUGUGUCUAUGAGUCUUUUCCAGCAUGAUCUCGCGAUAAAGCGAUACAAACGUGGAUUUGUACUGUUAACUAAAAAUGUGUAUAUAGUCGUACAUUCUUUUUGAAAAGUGAUGGAUGUUUUGACCAUGGUGUGACGGGCAUGGGUUAUUUAUAGCUAUGUGAAAUCAUGCGUUAUGAUACAGUUCUUCCAAGACCUAGAUGAAAGGUCACACCUGGAGGCAGCACCCACACACUCAAAUAUGUUCCAUUGUUACAUAUGCAAGUGGCAUGGUUAUUUAUUUCCCUCCUCUUUUUUUCAUGUUUCCAUAUUUUUGAUAACGUGUCGUGUCAUGUUUUACAAUGCACUUUUACUGAAGUAAAAACAGGACAUAUUUACAAAUGAGAUGUUAUAUAUCUAAAUGUUUAUGUUGCUAAAGUCAUGUAUAUGAAUAUGUGCCAUUGUUUGUACAAACAACAAUAAUAAAUCAAAAAAUUAAUAUAUAA